AUGAAAUAUAUUAAAGAUACUUUACUAAAUCAAUUAGGUUAUAUCCCCGUUUUUUAUUUUUUAACAGUAUUAUACGGAAAUAAAGAAUAUCCAGGACCUUAUAAAGAAAUAGACAAAGGAUUACUAUUAAUAUACCAUAUUAUAUCAGGCGCAGAUUGUAUUGCUUUUGAUGGUGGAUAUGAUUUAUUUAUUGACAAAUUUAUAAAUAAUGCAGAAGAUUACAAUUCUGCUAAUAGAUUCGAUAAAAGAAACUUUGUAUAUCCUAUAAGAAAGGAGCAAAAUUUACCAAGAACUGUAGUACAGUUAGAUUAUAAUAAAAAAUUUGGAUCAUUUAGAUCAGGUAUCGAAAAUCAUUUUUCUAUUUUAGCAUCAAAAUUUGAUAGAUUUAAUAAUAAUAGAACAGCUGUACAAACUUCUGACAUAAAGAUAUACAAUUUACAAUUUAGAGCGGCUUGUUUACUUAAAAAUAUAUGGGAAAUGUGUAACAAAUAUAACAUUGAUCCUCAACCUCACCAUAUGCUUUGGUUCAAUAACGAUUUUGAGUUUCCAACUAAAAUUACUAAGUUAAAUUAUAUAUUUAAAAAUGAACAACUUGUGAAUAGAGAGUAUAAUGAAAUGCUAGACAUUCAAAAUAAAUUUUUAGAUUUAAAUAUUGAAGAUAUGGAUGUAGUAGAUGAGUUGGAAGUUGAUCAAUUAUUAGUUAAUGAAGAUAUAAGUAAUAAAAAGAAAAGAAAACAUAACAAUAAGAAUAAAAAAGAAACUGAAACAUAUGAGGUAGAAAAAAUAUUAGAUCAUAUGAUAGAUAAUAAUGGAAAAUAUGUGUUUUAUGUUAAAUGGAAACAUUAUGGUGCAGAAGAUAGUACAUGGGUAAAAGAAUCUAGUUUUAAUACUAAAGAUAUUAUAUCCGAAUAUAAAAAAGAUAAAAAUAUAUAA